AUGGGCGCCGCCGAUCCGACGUACCCACUAUAUCCCAUUGCUCUCAUUCUGUCUUCAGUGAUGUUAUUUCUGGUGCUCACGACCAGCUUUAUCCGACAGAAAUGGAACCUAGGGAUCACCUUCCUAUGUUUUUCAUUGUUACUUGAAUGUAGUACUGAGGCAGUGAAUGCCAUCGUUUGGUCCGACAACGCCGAUCUCAAACUAUACGUGUAUUGUGAUAUCGUCACUCAUAUUCAGGCGGCUGUAUCCGUCGUCAAACCCAUGGCAACACUCAUCAUUACCCGCCGGCUCUACCUAAUAGCCAACCUUCAAAUUGUAGAGCUUCCGAGUAGAUCAAAGAGACGAUGGGAUCUGGUCGUAGAGUGGACUCUGGGACUAAUUGUUCCAAUGCUCGUAGCCGGUCCUAUAUACUAUGCGAACCAGGGCACUCGAUUUGGAGUCCUCGAAGGUUUCGGAUGUGCAACAGGCGAACAGCUAUCUAUACUUAAAAUCCUGACUUGGGAUUCUUGA